UGGUUCAUGGGAUAGUAUGUUGCUGUCCGCCAUAUUGAAUUGGACAGAAUUUAUGAAGGACUUGUAUACUCGAAACACAGACGCAAACUGAGCGUCUCAUUUCCCAUGAUUGCUUUUUUUCUGACUAACAAAUAGUCCCAAGAUAAAUCUUUAAUCAUGAGUGUUGUUGAUAGCAAGAAAAAUAAGCGAAGGAAGACUAAAAAAGCGGCUGUCACUAAGGCCGCCUCGGCAGCGAGCCCCAGCAAAAUGGACCAACUCCUUGAUCCUCCCACUUCAAUGCAUUCGGAGUUAAACAUUGAGAUGAUGAGGAAGCUGGAGAAGUUGAUGGAUGCUGAUGAUGAGACGGCCCUCAAGAUGCUGUCUCUGUCGCGGGGCACCAACCCUUUCCUGGACCGGGAACGCUGUCUGCUAUGUAACUGUGAACGCGAGGACCCUCCGGAGGCCGAGGCUAUCAGAGCUGAGUCCUCGGCCAAACAGACCAGUCCUAUCAGUCCCAUGACUCAGGGUUCCUGUCUACAGUUCCCUCCGUUGUGGGUGUGCCCGGUCUGUCGCAAGGCAGCUGACCAAGAGAUGGACAAGAAACAAGUGCCGAUAUUCGAUCCAGAAGCAGACGCCUUCCUACCGGACAUCAGUAUCAAGUCUGGCUCUGAACCAACCACCCCUAAUGGCAGUAUUUGUAACUGUGAAGCCUGCACUGAGCGAAGGUACAUAAUGAUAGAGACGGAGCAUGAGCAGGAGACGGCAGAGCUGCAGCAGUGCUGGACUGAGCUAAGGAAGAUUGUGAGACGUCUCUAUAGCACCCGGGACGACACUGGGAAGACCGAGGACUUCAACAUCAAUGACGUGCCCAUCACAGACCUCGUCCAUAAACUAUGCAGCCGUGAUCCCCACCAGUUGUUUCUGCGACUGGAAUCACAGGUGCGAGAGUUUGUGAUAGAAGUCAAGGUGAAAUUGCUGAAACAACUCAGUACAGGCUUCAAAACCCCGCCCCAGGCCAAGAAGUUCAUCUCGUUGAUGUUGGAUGAGUACACGCAUCUAUGCAGGGUGGCCAGGAAAAUGUCUGGCCUUCUCAAAGAACUGCAAAAUCAUUUGAAGCGUUUUAAAGUUACAUGGGACCUACAUAACAAGUACAUGUUCCAGUCUGUGGUGUUUGCAGAACAAUCAGUGAAGAACAGCCUCAAUUUGCUCAUUCAACAGCUUAGGGUUGGUGUAGAUGCCAAGGAGACCUACAAUGAUGACUCGUAUCCCAACCUCCUUCAUCGCUUUCUCAAGUUUGAAGAUGAAAUGUCUGUGAUCAACGUCGUGUGGCGCGACUGCCAUCAACUCAUAGAAACAUAUAACGAGGAACAGUCGGCUCUGAAGCUGAAGCAGAAGAUGUUGAGAGAAGACUGGGAGUUCUUCAAGUCACAGAGGAAACUCCUGGAGCAGUCCGUCUCCAAGAACCCCAAGGCCUCCCUCUCUCACACCCUGGAGGCCCAGUUCACAGAGACCAUGAGGCUGAUGCUGCAGGGCAACAAGCCUUCACAAGACGAGCUCACAUGUCCCAGGUGUAAUAGGAAACGGUGUCCCUGCGAUGAGUGCACGAUAACGCACAUGAUAACCUGUGGCAUCAUCAACCCGGAUGUUCUGGACAGUGCCAACGCCCCCAACCCUCUCACCUCCCACCACAAUGCAAACUUCAUGCACGACCCGAACCGUUACCGCAUCGACGUGAGCCCGCCCUCCAUGUCCAGUACCACGUCCAGCAGUGGGUCCUCCAGUCCAGUUAUCUUAGAACCAGAUCAGCUCAACAGACCAUUUCGGGAGACGGACAACCAGAAUGAGGACGAGAUUCAGGAGGAAAUAGAAGAAAACCAUUCAUUUGACGAUGACGAAGAUGAUGAUGAUGAUGACGAUGAUGAUGAUGAAGACAAUGGGGAUGAAGGAGAUGGGGAUGAUGAGGCAGACAAUGAGCAGAUCUCCGCACCAAAGCUGGAGUCGUUCCACUUGCCUGCUAUACCAGCGCUCAAGAUGAAUAAAGACAUGGUGCUGCCCUCCCUUGAUGGGGUGGGGGAGGAGACACUGAGGCGUGCUCUGCUGGGCAAAAUGGAGUCCUGCAACUGUGAUCACUGUGUAGCACAGGCCAAACUUGAACAGUUGAAGCCUGAGGAGAACCAGUGUCAGUGCCACGUGUGUCUGCAGCAGCAGGGCAAGGCCCUGUCCACGUCCCUGCCCCAGAGCAUCGCGCCCAUUGUGCCCCGCCCCGGGGAGCUCCACCUCUACCCCCACAUCCACGGCUCCACAGGGCUCCACACCCUGGGGCGAGGCCAGGUACCAAACCUCUACGACCUGCACUUCCCCACCAGCAGCAAGCGCCAGCGCUCCAUCAUCCACUCCAACAAAAUGUCCAAGCUGCCAGAUUUCGAUUCGGACGGAAUAGGUGAUCCUAGUUACGCGUACGGUGAGUGGGAUAACCCACCGUUCGAUAGUCGCUUCAUGCUUCCCGACCGGUUGACAGGCAAGUUUGACAGUGAGCUGUUGCCACCUCCACCGUUCACCAGUUCUUUCCUGUCUGAGCCGCUGUCACUUCCUGGAAUGCUCAGCUCAGCCUCAUCAUCUGGAAAUUCAACUGCCGCCAACACAAAUGGCUUUGUUCCCUCGUUUGCGAAUCACUCAGUGGCUGCCCCGCCCUCCUCGGCUGUGAAGAUCACAGACAACCUGUCAGUGCUGAGCACCAAGGAGUCACUGGGAGAGCAGCUUGCAAACGCGGCCAAGCACAACCACUGCGCUGGUCCUGGUAGUGGGGGGCAGAACCAUGCACCUCAGUGUUCUAGGCCUGCAACUCUCGGGGGAAAUAAUACUCCCAAGGUGCAGGAGAAAGUACACAGCCAGCAUUGCCGCAAGCACAACUCUCAGGGCACUAAUAAAAAUGGUCCCAUGCAGCAGGGUCACCCUGGCAAGGCGCCCCCUGAUGGGCGCACACUGCCUCAGCAACUUGCAGGGCUCAAACCUGGGGCCCACCCUACCGUGUGCUCACACCUAGCUGUCAGUAACACUGCCAAGAAUGUGGCCAACCAGCUGGGCACUCUCGUACACCAGGGGCAUGGUACCAAUGUUUCUUGCAAUAACGGCCUCCAUCUGCCUCCAAACAAUGUGUCUGUGGGCACGUCCACCUGCGUGGAGUCCGACUGUGAUGGUAACCAUGACAACGACAGUUACGAUGACAACUGUUCUGAGAAGAGCUCUUCCACCUCCAACUCUAACACCCAGAAGGAUGGCAAGUACUGUGACUGCUGCUACUGUGAAUUCUUCGGACAUGGAAAUCCUCCCAUGGCGCCCACAAGCAGGAACUAUGCAGAGAUGAGGGACAAGCUGCGAUUAAGACUCAAGAAAAAGACGGAGACCAGCAGCAGGCUGCCAGAUGAAACCAGCCUGCCAACACGGUGUACAGGUCAGCUGAUGCAGCAGCGGUCCCUGCAGCAGGCAACCAUGGCGUGUCGGGCCCCGCCCCCCUCCCUGUCCCCCGCCCCCUGCCUGGACCCACUGGAGACCAAGGGGCUGGAGGAGCUCAUCAAGUUUAUCAACGGGACGGAGGAGGAGGAGGAUAAGAGACCAGUCAGUGCCAAGGCUGCCAAACGAGCCCGGCAGAAACAGAGAAAGGCUGAAGAGAAAGCGCGACAAGAAGCGAGGCAGGAAGCUGAUAGACUGAAGGAGGAGAAGCAUAGAGAGAUGCACCUGAGACAGCUGGAGGAGCAGCGGCGACUGGAGGAGGAGGCAGAGAGGCAGAGGAAGGAGGCAGCCACCAGGAAGCAGAAAAAGCAGGGCUCUGACAGGGGCGGCAAGUCCUCCAGUAAGAGUCCCUCCCCUCCCUCUGCUGGUCCUGGGACCCCACGGGAAGGGUCAGGAGGUCAAGACGUGGCCAGGCAGGCUGACACCAGUAGGGAAAACAAUAAGCAGGUUCUGAGGCGAGGCAAACACAAAGAUGAUCAGUUGCCACUUCAAGUGAACAUCACGUGUGAGAUAGAGUCCACCUCCAGCACCCUGCCUGUCUCCACAGUCACCCAGUCAUCUCACCAUCCACACUCAGUGAGCGGUAACCUCGUAGUCAGCGGUCUGUCUACAACCAGCGAGAGCGUCGUCAUCACAGCAGUGUGCAUGUCUGCGUCCUCCCCUGCCCUCCGCCCCGCUACCACAGGAGGCAAGGCAAACACCACUCCACCCAGUAUUGAUAAUCGACUCAUUCUCACUGCCAAGCAUAACAAGAACCGCCAGCCAGUGAACCCCUCACCCCAUGUGGGUAACGGUGAUACAAGUCCAGCAGUAUCGGUAGCGGCAGAGGUCACUUCUUCCAACAAUCAUAUCGCUAAGGUUACAUUGCAGCAGCAGGAACUGCUGAAGAAACAAACCCAACAGUUGAUACAGCUCAAGGUUCAGCAAGAACUGAAGAAGCAACAACAGCAGCAGCAACAACAACAACAGCAGCAGCAACAACAGCAAGCAAAGUUACAGCAGCAGAACAAACAGUCCCAGCAGCAGCAGCGACCUCCACCUGUAGCAGUAGCCAGCCAGAAGGAUGGAGCCAAGAAACCAGCAGAUAACAUCAACGCUGAACAGAACAGCGUGAACCAUGUGAACGCGAAAAAUGCCCUUAAUGCAAAGCCAACAGUGAAAAUAAACAACUCAAAAGGGACUGGAAGUGCAUCCUUAAGAACGGAGCCAGUGGUGAACCAAAACAACCGAGCAGCUCCAAGCAAGGCUCCAUUACAGGGCAUUGAUGGAAGCCUGCAGAAAGCUGCAGCACAGCAACAGCAAGACCAGAGUCAGUCAACCAGCAAGGGAAAGGCCACUAUCAGGAAGCCCGAGGACAAUCUCAACCAUCAGAAGCAGUCUGCUCCUCAGUUACUGAGAAAUGGCCAACUUGCCAGUGCCCAUCAGUCUGGGCCAGCAACCAGUUCCCCCGGCCGCCCACACUCACAGCAGAACGGGUUCAUAGGUCAAGGGCUGCCGGCGAAGGGUCAGGUGAGGCAGCCGCCCCAGGGCCAGGCAGCCCACAACGGAGAGGCUAGAACACCCACACCUGAGGAGAGAGGCAAGGGAAAACAGCCGCAGGAUUCGCCCCCUUCUGAUCAGGGCAAAGGAUCUGGAGGAAAAUCCAAGAAGACAAAGAGGAAGAAUAAGAGUUCUGGAGAUGAUAAGUUCAUUGAUGAAUGUUUCAUCCCCAAGUCAGAGAGUGACAUAGAGGGAGGAGAAAUGGAUGAGUUUGAGAGAGAACUUGAGGAGUUCAAAAGGUUCUGCGUGGAUUCCACUCCUGCUAAGAGGGAGAAGUUGCAGGUGAACAUUAACAUCAAGGACAUCUUCUCCAAGAAGAAACCGGGCCUCUGUAACUAAGCCUUGUCUGUGAAGACGACCUAAGUAGUCUCCCUUGUGAAGAUGACUAAAGUUGUCUCCCUUGUGAAGACGACUAAAGUUGUCUCCCUUAUGAAGAUAACUCAAGUGGUCUCCCUUGCCAAGACUGAAAAAGCUUCAUUUGUCUACCUGAUUUUAAGAUGAUUUGAUAUUUGUUACAGGCAAUGUUAAUCAAGACAGUUUCUUGUGUAGAAUUGUGAAAUCAAUUAUUUGUAUGUGAACAAUGUAAUGUUAGGAAGCCUCCAGUAUAUAACUUUAAUCAUAAAAAAAACUAUAAUUUAUGUUAUUUUAUAAGCAAUUUAAAUAUGUGAAAAAAUUACGUGCAUUUUUAAUCGUUUUAAUGGACUGAAAAUGUACAGAAGGCUGAUGUUAUCUGCAAAAAUUGUAUUUACGAAGGAGCUGUUUUUCUGAUUUGAGGUAUCAGGAUUGAUUGCCUUUGAUUAUUUCAGUAACUGGUUGAUAUGCUGCUGUUUUUGUCAUUGUGAUUGUAUUUUGAAGUCAUUAUUUGCAAGUUGAUCCCAGAAUGUAGCGUUGCUAAGAAGACUAACGUUGCUAAUAAGGCAAGUGUUAAGAAAAGUGUUUGGGCAGAUAGUUGAUGUAUUUUUGUGACUUAAGCUGUGGUUGAUGAUUUGCUGCCAAGAAAAGAGUUUGGGCAGAUAGUUGAUGUAUUUGAGUGACUUAAGCUUUGGUUCAUGAUUUGCUGCCUCAUUAUGGACACAAUAAUAGUAAUGGAUGGAUGCACGAUGGCUGGAAUUGUGUGGAUUCCAAUCAAUAUGAGCUGGUCUUGCAGCCAAUCCAGAUCCUAUAAGCCAUGUACAAGGUGUAUACUGUAUAACAAGAUGUUAUUGCUGGGGUGGGUGAUGUGUGACAUACCUGGUCACUGUGCUUCACUGCUGGGGUGGGUGAUGUGUGACAUACCUGGUCACUGUGCUUCACUGCUGCUGUGGGGACUGUGACAUUCUGCAUGCUUGGGGUUUAUGGCACUCAUUCGGCUUGCUGGCUAACUGUUGUAACUUUACAGUUUCCCCAAUGUCAAUUUUAAACUUUUAGCGCAACAUUUUAUGUUAUGAACCCACAUGAAUGUGGGUUUCAUUCAAGUUUGCAUUUUACUUGAUGCGAAACUUUGGAGAAUUGAAAAAUAGUAUUUUAAUAAUAUAUCGAAUGAGGAUAUUUAUUAAUUUACUUCUUGACUGUUGAGUAUAUAUUGAAUAAAUACAACAGAAAAAAUAAA